UCGCUUUCACUGCGGCGGCGGCGGCGACAGCCUCUAUCACCAUGACUGAUGUCCUGUGGAUUACUUUCACUGCGUUUUAAAACGGGACUGCGUUUAAAAGAGGGAACCAUGGCUGAGAGGUUGGAAUGGGUGGAAAUUAUCGAGCCACGCACUCGAGAGCGCAUGUACGCCAACCUGCUGACGGGCGAGUGUGUUUGGGACGCCCCGACGGGUGUACAAAUCAAGCGCAGUGGGCAAGAUCAGUGGUGGGAGCUCUUCGACUCCAAAACGUCCCGAUUCUACUACUACAACGCUUCUACCCAGUGCACGGUUUGGCACCGCCCGCACAGCUCUGACAUCAUCCCCCUCGCCAAGCUCCAAACGCUGAAACAGAACACGAACGCGGCUCCACCCGCUGCUACGACGACCAGUGCCUCAGCUGACAGCAGCCCCGCCCGAAGCGCCGUCAGCACGACAUCAUCGCAAGAGCAGGAGGAGAAAACGUCAGCCAGCGAGGAGGGAGAGAGGUUCAGAUGGGGUACUGGGGCCAGAGAGAGGAUGCUCAUCAAGGUGUCGGAUCGAGAACCCAGUUUUCUGUCACAGGGAAACGGAUAUUCAAGUUCGUCUCCACGCUCCAGACGAUCAUCCAGCAAUGCCCCUUCAGACCCCGAAGCCACGCCCCAUUCCCUGUCUGAACGUGGCCAAACGCAAUCUCCGUUCCUGAAGAGAGCGGAGCUGGGCGGCACUCAGCGUCGUUGCUCAGGCGACUCCCAGCCAUCGUCCCCUCGUUAUGCUUAUGAACCUCCCCUCUACGAGGAACCGCCCUCGGAAUACCAGUCCCCGCCUAUAUAUGAGGAACCACCUGACAUGCAUUGCGAUCCGGACUUUUAUGGUUCUGAUAGGUCACCGGCACGCAAACCAGGCCUCUACCACUCGCCCAAGCAAAACCCGUCUCCGUACGGUCAACUAGUGUUGACGAGACAGCGGAGCUCCACACCCGAAAAGACAUCCAACCAAGGAGAUCGAGACUAUAGCUCCAGUGGGCGGGACUAUAGCUCUGCUGGGAGGGACUACAGCUCCGCCGUGAGGGACUGCAGCUCUGGUGGGCGGGAUUAUAACUCCAGUGGGCGGGAGUAUAGCGUGGCAGGGCGGGAAUAUGUUAAGCAGCUAGUUUACGUUGAGCAGUCAGGCUCCUCCCCUCGGUUUAGGACGACAGAGCGUCUAAUGAGCUACGGGAAUAGUUCAAAUAGUUUGUCAGCCGGAUUGUCAUACGGUGGCUCCUUUACGCUACAGCACAGUCACGAUGUCAAUGGCGGCAAUCGAAAACGUAAGAAUCGUAAGCCAUCUCUUCCGGGAGGGGAGGGGGAAAGCUUGGGAGCGGGUCUCGGGGCGAUGAUCACUCAAGCUCGAUUGGCUUGGGAGGCCCAGCAGAUGUUACAUCAGCGAGGGGGUGUGUCCUCCGACCAGGGAGGGAAGGAUGGGUACGAAAGCGAUGGGGCCACGCCCCUGCCUCUGCCUGGGCCGGUGAUGCGGGCAUUCAGCGAAGACGAAGCCCUUGCGCAACAGGAUGGGCACUGGAAGCGUGCAACCUUGGACAGAUUGGCGUUUCCUCAAACGCUGUUAGAAAAGAGUUUAUCUGUGCAAACCAACCUGGCAUCACCGGAACCCUACCUUCACCCAUCGCAGUCGGAAGAUCUCGGAGCGUGUUCUCAGUUUGAGGCAAGUCGGAAUGCCCGGAAUAUGAUGCCCAGCGCGAGCUGUGGCAUUUUCCCAGAAUUCACGCUUCGCAAACCAUCCUCAGAAACUGACAUCGAGAACUGGGCGUCCAAACACUUCAACAGGCACACACAGGGUCUGUUUAGGAGGAAGGUCUCCAUUGCUAACAUGCUAGCAUGGAGCAGCGAGCCCAUCAAGAAACCAAUGAUCGUAACGACCGACCGGACCGUCAAACGUGAAGCUGUGGACCUCUUUAAACUCAUCCAGACGUACAUGGGGGACCGGCGAGGGAAAGGUGACCCGCUGGCGGUGGCUCUGGAGGUGGCCGUGAGGGGCUGGAGCUGUCAGGGACUGAGAGAUGAGCUCUACAUCCAGCUGUGCCGACAGACCACUGAGAACUUCCGUUACGACAGUCUCCAAAGGGGCUGGGAGCUCAUGGCCAUCUGUCUGGCUUUCUUCCCACCCACCCCUCGAUUCCACAGCUACCUGGAGGGCUACAUCUACAGACACAUGGACCCGCUGAAUGACACCAAGGGAGUAGCGAUAAGCAGCUAUGCAAAAUACUGUUACCGUAAACUCCAGAAGGCUGCGCUUACAGGAGCUAAGAAGGGUUUGAACAAGCCCUCGAUAGAAGAGAUCGCCCAUGCUCGCAACGCCAUCUUCAGGCCCUCCAUGUUCGGUUCGUCUCUGGAGGAAGUGAUGUCGAUGCAGAAGGAACGUUACCCUGAUCGACAGUUGCCAUGGGUACAGACCCGCCUCUCAGAGGAAGUGCUGGGCUUGAACGGAGAUCAGAUGGAAGGCAUCUUCAGGGUUCCAGGUGAUAUUGAUGAAGUAAACGCACUGAAGUUACAGGUGGACCAGUGGAAGAUACCGACAGGCCUGGAAGACCCACAUAUUCCAGCAUCUCUGUUGAAGCUGUGGUACAGGGAGCUGGAGGAGCCCGUGAUUCCCCAUGAAUAUUAUGAACAGUGUAUCAUGAACUAUGACAGUCCUGCAGCUGCUGUUAACGUCGUACUCAGUCUCCCUCACAUCAACAAACUGGUGCUCUGCUACCUCAUCCGAUUCCUACAGGUUUUCGCUCAAGCCGCCAGCGUGUCUAUGACUAAGAUGGAUGUGAGUAAUCUGGCGAUGGUGAUGGCGCCCAACUGCCUGCGCUGUCAAUCCGAUGACCCGCGCGUCAUCUUCGAGAACACACGCAAAGAAAUGAGCUUCAUCCGUGUAUUAAUCCAGCACCUCGAUACCAGCUUCAUGGACGGAGUGCUAUAGCGAACAAACACACACACAUUCAGACACUUUCUUACACACAUUAAUAUUCACACCUUAACAUUUGCACACGGUGGAAAAAAAACCGUUCGCCCACACAUGAAUCACCCAGCAAGCAACCUCGUUGAGCUCCCAUAGUUUACACUCUUCCUGUAUUGAACACUAAACAUCAUACACACUGCAGAAAAUAUUUUUCCUAAUCAGUAUAUUCGUCUUGUUUUCCAGUAUACAAGAUACAUAUAUUUGAGAAGCAAAACUGUAUACGUUUUUUUUUAUAAAGAAUACAUCUUGAAUUAAGGUUUCUGUUGAAGCAAAUAGUUUUUUUCUUGUUUUAAAGCUGAAAAAAAUUCCCUCAUAUUCCAUUGGUUGUACAAACAGAUAGUCCCGCCCCCCCAACUCACGCCACUGGUCGAGUCAGUGUUGUUGUGUGGGGUUGGACAGGUCGUUCAAAACAAACAGACGAAUAUUUAUAACACCACUGAGACACAGUGCUUACCAAUUUCGAGAAAAUUAACCUACAAAUGGCUUACUUUUAGUUGUCUUUGCAUAAUAAGAGAAGACAUUUCAACACCGAAAAAGUUACACACUUCAGCUUAAACCGUAAAACUCACAAAACUGUGUUAUGUUUAUGUUUAAAACGAGUAAAAAAAAAUAAUAAAAAAACACAAUUUGCCAUUUGGGAAAGAAAACUAAACUUAAUUCAAGAUUAAUUAGAGAUUAUUUUAAACAGUUUUGCUUCUAAAGUACAUUUACCUUGUUUUAAAAACCAAAUGAAAUCAUCGUUCGAGCAGUUUUCUUUCCUGUGUUGACGUAAUUUUCUAUUGAAUAGUUUAGGCGGGAUGUAUCAAAAGCCCCGCCCCUUUUCUCUAAAUAGCCAGUAGGCUUUCGUUUAGUCACAGCUAUGAACAUGAUUGCUGUUCGGCUGCAGGGGGAGGGGCAUUCUCAUUCUAGAGAGCAUUUGAUUGGACAAAAAUAUUUGCAGUGCAGGAUGAUGUCAUCAGUACUUCGGUCAAUUUUCUUGAAACAGAAACACUCAAUUUUAAAUGCGUAUAUCCGCUGGAAGUGAAUUGCGCUGACUUGCAGGUGUACAUUAGCAUAAAGAUGACCUGGAAAAUGACAGAAAUACUGAUUCAGAAAAUAUUUUUUUUGCAGUGCAUGCACACUGACAUCAAUAUUCCCAAACCCACCAAAACUUCUAGGUCAACAAAUCUUCAAUCCCCUUUGAUUUUUGAAUGUUUCUGAGUGGAUAAACAAUCCGUCAUUACAUGAUAGUGACUGUCCUACUUUGAUUUUUUAGCGUGCAUGUAUGUAUUGAAUGUGUCCAUUUCUGUUCUGUUUUUUAACUUGACUGGCUUGUAGAACAGUCUGUCUGAUUUUACUGUAUAUGAUUAAUUUAUUUGUUAUUUAUUUGAAUAAGGGUUUUUAAGUAUUGUAAUGCCUUUUGAAAUAGAAAACGCCAAUCUUAUGUCAUAUGCAUUUAUCUGUGUGUGUUUGUGUGAGAGAAUGUAUGUCUGUGUGUAACCGGUCCUGCUCAGCCUGCUCCGAGCGGGAUUCGAACCGGGGUCUCCAGCAUGGGAGGCGGGAGCGCAAAUGAUGAGGCUAAAGGCUACACCCUCUAGCAUCAGUCGCUAGUGCACCUCAUGGGGCCAGGGGAGUGAGGUUUACACACUGCACAGCUACCUACCAGCUGGCUACCGUUACGUGUGUGUGUGUGUGUGUGUGUGUGUGUGUGUGUGUGUGUGUGUGUGUGUGUGUGUGUGUGUGUGUGUGAGUGUGUGUUCACUUAUCACCUGUCACAUUCACUGCUAAUUGUUUAUAAACUAUUGUGUAUGUCUCACUGAAACAAUACACACUAUACAAAUGCCCUCCAUAGUAAACUACCUACAUUAAAGCUGAAGUGUGUAAUUUCUGGAUGAGUUCCACAGAGUCACAGUCAUACGUUUUUAGAUAAACUCAACCUACAAAUGAUUUACAUAAAACUGACUCAUAUUAAAGGUGCUGCAAGCGAUUUCAUCUGUUCUGCUUCCACGAGACUGAGCCGUUGGAUUAGCCACGCCCACUUUUUCCAACAUCCCGCACUACAAAGAUAACAAAUGAUCUUUAUUGAGACCAACACAUGAAGAAAUGAUUGUCAAAACAACAGCAGCAAAACAGCGCCCUCAACUGACGACUGUUAUGAACAACAUGGCUUAAAAAUGGCAUUAAGCCUCAAUAAUUCGCUGCAACAUACAAAAUGAUUGACAGGUCGAACGCAUCAUUGUCUGCGGCCCCUGGACACAUAUUUAUUUGCAGUUUACAGAGUCUAGAGCUGUCACAGAGUCCAGUGAGAUAUCUUACAACACUUAUUUUAGUAAUAUCUCUCAGGGAGUAGGAAAAUGUUUUUGCGUACCUUUCCAUAAAAAAAUCGCUUACAGCACCUUUAAGCUUUUAACACUAAAAAAAUUACACACUUCAGCUCGAAAUGCUCAUACUGUACACACAAGCCCCAAAUUACAAGCAUGCAAAAAAAACCCAUUCACAUGCACACACACUGAUUUGGGUUGGUGCUUGUAAUGAUCUUUACCACACUGCCAAACACAGAAUAUUGAUACUCUGUGCCCAUUCCUGCCUUUAAGAGAGAGAGAGAUUUACAGAGUAAAAGGGGUGGAUCUCACAAGGAAUGUGUCCAGGUCAUAUUUCACCCCAAAAACAAAAGAAAAAUAAGAAAUUAUAUUUUGCAUAAAGUAAAUGAAGGCUAUUUAUAUGAUUAUUAGGAUUUUUUCCAUAUUAUGAUAAUGCGAGUUUGGGGUUGCAGUGUUUUUAAUUGUCAUAAAAAUAAUACAUAAUGCUUUUUUUUUUUAUUUUUUAUUAAUGGUCCAAAAACAGGCUUUAUUUUCUUUAUGCAAAUAUAUAGUUUCUUAUCACGCAGCUCGCUGGAACACUCGAUUCUGAUUGGUAAAUCACGCUAUCCACUGGUCAACCAGGUAUUGCGAGUCAUCUUUCCUACUUCUUGUUUCAUUCUGUGAUCUCUACAAGCCAAUAAAAUUAUUUUAACUCAAAUCGAUAUUUCAUGUUCAUUUAUUUAUUUAGCAUGUAGUCAUGUAUUAAGUGGGAUAAAGAGCAAUUAGACAGCCAUUUUCGCAAAAUAAACAUCAACAGGUUCAUCAAAACUCUGAUGCGAGCCUCGGUUAGAGACUCCGCGAUCUCUUUCUGCUUGCAUAUUAACUUGGGCCUAAUUUCAAUGCAAAUCAAUAUAUCAUGUCUAUACGUUUAUUUAUCUGGUAUGUAGCUGUGUAAUAAGCAGUGUUGGGUGUAAUGCAUUACUAAGUAAUUAAUUACUGUAAAAGUAAAGUAAGGGAUUACUCUUAAUUUUUCAGUAAUUACAGUUACUUCUAAUGUAAUUGUGUUAAAUACUGUAAAGAUUAUAGAACAAUUCUAUAUAAAACAAUAGUGGAUUUAUAAUCGUCUAAUGUUUAAAUAUAUGUUUUCUAAUUUAACUCCGCCCCUUUAAAUUCUUUGGCCAGUUCAUGAAUAAUUAAUAAUGUGAUUUAUUUGAAAGAAUUAAAAGAACAGUUUCAUGUCUAUCCUUGUAUUUUUCAUCUGGUCGAGGUUGAUCAGGGUUUUAGAAAGUAAUUACUAAUAAGUAAUGCAGAGUAAUUAGUACAGUAAUCUAAUUACACUGUAGAAGAUGUAAUUAGUAGUUAGUAAUUAAUUACUUUUUUUAGAGUAACUUACCCAACCUAGCGGAGCAAUAAUGACCUAAUGUUUUGAUUUUGGAGUGAAAUAUGACCUGGACAUGUUCUUAACAUGUUUUGUGAGAUUUACUCAAAUAUAUUUAUUGGUUUGGCUUGUUCACCUCCGCACACACCGAUCUGCCAUGAUCACCAUAUCCACGUCCUAAUAUGUACAGAACAAUGUGUAAAAAAAUACAAGUAAAAAAAGCUAAAACAAAAUAACAGAAUAUAUGAGAUUUUAAUAUCCACAGAUGUUUGGAGACAUUUAGGUUCAGAUCUCAAAAGUCAGCCAUUAGCAUAAAAUUAGAGUUUUAAAGAAAUAUGACUAUGGGUCUGAUGGAAACAUAAAAGAGUGAAAAAAGUCUUAAGAAGUUUGUGAGCCACUGUGACCAACGUCCUGAGACAAGCAUACACACACACACAUACACACACAACAACAAGCAGGAUUCUGGGUAAAUGUGAUGUACUGCAGGGGUGUUUCUCUGCUGUGCUUUUGUCACAGGUUUACUCUCAUGGUCUUACCGUAUUUAUUGAGACGUCAAUAAACCAUCUCCCUUUUGUUCUGAGGUCAAAGGUUACUCUGGACGUUAUGGUCGAAAUGAACAUUGUUUAUUAAACAGU